UUUAUUAUGCAGGCGCUCAAUGCGAGCGAGUCGUCGCCGGCGUCCCGUGGAGCGCGCGCACUCCGACACUGACUUCAGGUACCGGGAUAGUGGCUAUAGUAGUGGUCGCACGAAGCGCGCGCGACCGGUUGCAACCCUGCCUCCGCGGACACGCUCACAACCCCCGCCGCAACGAACACAAGGUCGUGACUUGGAGGCAGGAGAACGUUCACCGGCACGCUAUGAACGGUAUAAUCGAAAUACAUAUCAAGAAGAAGAAGAAGAGUUCCCGAAAAUAGCCCUAUCAUUGCAAAUGCAAGAUUUGCAAGCAGCGUUAAAAGAUUUAGACGAUCACCAGUUCAAAUUAAACUCUAAAACAGAACUGCGGAGCAAAUCAUUGCCGCGACCUGCGAAAGCUAAAAUCGAGUUUGGACUGAGGAGGGAUUUUGAUGACAGACAUUAUGACCUUGAAGAUAUCGAUGUAUAUGAAAUGCACGACCUUCAUGAUGUAGAUUAUGAGAACUUUAAAGAAAGGAAAGCAAUAGAACGAGAGAGAAGGAGAGAAAGAGAUGAAUAUAGUUAUCGCGAUCGCGGCUAUGAUCCUGAAGACGAUGACUACGAAGUUGAAAGGCCAAGGGUUAGGAGAACUGGAUAUGAUAGAAGGAUGGAUCGUGGUAGAUCAGAGUAUUAUGAACGUGACGUAGAAGAUUACGACAUCGAGAGACGACGCGACCGUCGCGCUAGGAGUGCGGUUUACGACUGCGAUAGACGAGGGGGAGGGGACAGGUACAGAGAAGACCGAUGGAGGGGAGAAGACCGGUGGAGGGGGGAAGACCGAUGGGUAGUUGAAGAUCAUCGAACUUUUGAUGAAAGACGGCCAGGGCCUCGACGCUUGCGCAGGUUGUACACUGUCGAUGACAGUGGAAGACCACGGAAUGGUUACAGCCCGUCGCCGGAGAGAGAUGAUUGGAGUGACGAGUUGCCUCCAGUGCGGCGCAGACCACCUUCAGCGUGGGGUUCCCGACAAUCUGACUUAUACGCCGGUCCUGUGUCUACAAUACCUAGAGAAGAAAUAAAGCCGGUACCAAUCUGGCUGUGCGUACUGCUUGUGGCGUCCUACAUUGUAGCGGGUACAUUCCUCUUCAAGAGAUGGGAGGGCUGGGCGUACCUUGAUGCUGCUUACUUCUGCUUCAUCACCCUCACCACUAUAGGCUUCGGGGAUUUCGUACCAGCUCAGGGUCGUGAGGGUGAGUCAGCGGAUGCAGUACAUUCUAUAGCUCUCUGCUCCCUCUACCUGCUGUUCGGGAUAGCGCUUCUAGCGAUGUCUUUCAACCUGGUGCAGGAGGAGGUCCGCGCGCACGUCGCGGCGGUCGCCACAAGGCUCGGAAUCAUCAAACCACGCGAUCCACCUGAACAUGAUUAUUAAAUAUAUGGAAAUGUUGAUAUAUAUACUAAUAUUAUAACUAAAGAGGAAGAUUUGUAUUUUUGUAUGUAUAUAAAUAACUGAAAAAGUACUGGGCCGAUUUCUAAAAUAUCAGUGAGUAAUGUAAGCCAAUGUAAGCCACGUUUUUAAUUAUUUCUUCACAUCACGCCUGCGAAGUCGCUAGCAGCAGCUAGUAUUGUAGUCAGAGAAAUUAAUUCGCUACCCAAACGGGUGAGCGUCCAAAUGUGAAGAGACGUAAUUUGUAAUAGGUUAUGAUGUAAGAAUGAAACCACUUAUUGUUAUCUUUGCCUUUGUAAUUAAUAUAAUACGUAUCUUACAAUAUUUUGGAUGUUAUUAUAGCUUAGUAUUUAGUAUUAGGAAUAUCAGUAGUAUUAGUAUUAUUCUUACCAUAAUCCUAUCGCCUAUCGUAUCUAGAAUAGAUUAAUGGCUUGUAUAUUUUUUAUCAAAUUAAGUGGAUUUGUAUCAUUUUAAUGUAUUUAACUGAAAACAAUAUAGUUAAUAGAACUCUGGCUUCUCAAAAACAGUGAUGUCAAUUAGAUAUUGAAUUAAUUAUGGGACUGUCCCACAAUUCUUGCAAAUUGUCAGAUAACAAUCCAACGUAUAAAAUCUUUGAUGGAAGUAUCGAAUUUUGGUACUCUAUCUGACAGUGACGUCACUUUUAAGAUAUCUGAGCCUUAGCCGGUGGUGGGACAUGCCCUUGACAUGAUAAAAACCUAAAUCCUUGAGACUAAAUUAAUCAAUUUGCAUUAUAAUGACCUUUAAAUGUAUAACGUUAUUUUCACCACACCGAUUUUGUUGCAAUUAAAAAUAUUUUGUUAAUCUGUUAAUUUUAUUUCCUAUUGUAAUACCAUUGUCGUGAGUUAAAAUGUACAAGCUGUUCGUGCGGCUUUACCCGCAUGAAAUUAUGAAAACUUUAUUUUAAUGUUUACAUUUGUCAAAUUAUCAAUCGCAAAUGUCA